GAUGCGUAAAUGAAGGUGUCGACUGUGUCGGUGGGCUUAAAAAGGGUUGCAGAGCAGAUGCACACAUCACAUCUGUUUCAGCCAGAGAUACACAAUGACAAGUCUCGCCUUUGUCUCGCUCCUCCUUGUAGCCAUCGUGGUGUCCACAGCCUCGGCUAAAGGUGGGAUAGCCAGUUGUUGUCGAAAACUCUCAAAAACUCAAAUCCACCGAGACCUGCUGAAGUCAUACUACAAACAAGAUACACAGUCGUGCCCUAUAUACGCAGUGGUAUUUACCACGGUGAGAGGCAUCAGGAUUUGUGGUGACCCCGACAGAGUAUGGACAAAGACCAGCAUGGCCUACCUAGACGGAAAGGACUGGCAACGCCAACACUCUACCUUCCCAACACGCCGUCGCUGACACAAUAAGACAGAACUAUUGGAACCAGCUAUUAGGCCAUAGCUCCCAUUUCUCUACUACUGUUCCACAGACUUUUGAAUGUUUUCAUAUUUUCUGCGGUCCUUACCUCAUUUUAGUUAAAUGAAAUUAUAUCUUUUAUAUUUGCCUUUUUUUAUGUAUAAUUUACAAUGAUAUGUUUGUUCGAUAUGUUUGUUCCAGCAUGAUCUACAGCACUAUUGAAACUCAAAUUAAAAGGCCAUAGCUUCCAAUUUGUCUUCGACUGUUCCACAGUCUUUUGAAUGUUUUCAUAUUUUAAGUCCUUAGUUAAGUAAAAUGAUAUAUCUUUUAUAUUUGCCUUUUUUAUGUAUCAUUUACAAUGAUAUGUUUGUUCGAUGACUGUAAUUAUGUAAAUAAUCAUUGUGCAAUGAUUCUGAGAAACAUUACCUAAUAAA